GAAAAACAUGGCGGAAUAACGUGUAGAUGUGGAUCAGCUUCUUGCUACUCGUCGUCGAGAAUUGAAAGCUUUUUUUCACUUAACGUCUGACAGAUUCGUUAACAGGUUAAAAUGUUUCGUCGAUCAAGACUAAGUAUUCGGCCUAAUGUAGGCACAACAGGAAGAGCAGCAUCAACACCUCAAGAAGCCCCGCCAUCGAAUCAGGAGUCUGCUGAACCCCCCAAAGACAACAGUGAGAGCAACAUUGCCACUGCUGGGACAGACAACAAGUCUGCUGUGGUCCAAUCAGAACAAACUCCACCUGCCCGGGAUAGUAACGACCAAAAUGUGGAAAGCACCACCUCCUCAGCUGCUCUCCAGAGAAGGAAGAGGUUUUCCAUCAAGCCCAAAGUGGUUCCGGGCCGACCUGCCACCCUUCCUCGUACACUCAAGUCUCCUAUCAAACCAGUCUUGCAGUCUCACAUUGAAGUACCUAAUUCAGAUCUUGACAAACCAACAUCAAGCCAAGUUAGCACCACAGCACCUCCAACAGUACUCCUAUCCCCAAGGCACCGCAGGGCCUCAGAAGAGAGCAGACAGGCCAAAACACAUCCGAAACCUACACUCCCCUCCAGCGGCAGUUCAGAAACUUUAUCUGUUCCACCAGCUGAGGACUCGGUUGAACAAAUCCAUCUGCGACCAGAUGGCGGCAAGAAAGAGAGCAGUUCAGCCGGUCAAGUAAAAGAAGUGUCUCUGAGACAACCGGAUAAAGUCCCUCCCUCUCUACCAGAUAAAGAAGCCAUUGAAAUGUCAGAGAAAGCCAAGACUCUGGUGUCCUCUAAGAGUGUGAUUUCAACGUCAUCGUCAAAAUUCUCCUUAAGUAGACUCCUGAAUGACCCGUCUGAUUUACAGAGACUGGAAAAGGCCCAGAAGCUCAGAGAGUUGCUUAGAGAAGAGAUAAACAAAGAAAAGCUACAGAAACUCAAAAAAGCUAAAGCCCGUGUUAAGGAAUAUAAUUUAGAUCCUGCAAAAAUGACCAUGAGGGACCUUAUCCAUUAUCUGCCUCUGUCAAACCCUAUGACCUCUAGUUUGCAAGAGUCAGCGCAGGAAAAGGAGACUGUGGUUCCACAGUCCCCAAUAAGAGAAAAAUCACCAGAGAGAGCACAGGAACCACAAGCACAACUAAAAAUGAUGAGCCCAAGGCAGCAAAGGGCAGAAGAAGAGGAGGAGGAGGAGGAGGAGGCAGCGGCAGACGAUGAGCAGGACGAAGCCCUCAUGGUUCCUCAGGUCAAAGUGGCAGAGGAUGGCUCACUUAUUAUUGAUGAAGAAAGCUUGACAGUGGAGGUCCAGAGAACGAAAGGACCAAACACGGUUCAGGAUCGAGACCCCAUCUUUGAGCGAGGUUCCACAACCACUUACGCAAGCUUCAGGAAAGGGAACUAUUCCAAACCCUGGUCCAGUGAAGAGACCGACAUGUUCUUCUUGGCCAUCAGCAUGGUGGGAACGGACUUCACUAUGAUUUGUCAACUGUUUCCUCACAGAGGUCGAUCAGAGAUAAAGAACAAAUUCAAAAAAGAGGAACGGGGUAAUGCUUGGAGGAUCGACAAAGCUUUCAGAGAGAAACGCAGAUUGGACAUAGAGUAUUUUUCUAAGCUGCUGGAGAAGAUUCUGGAAGUCCAGAAAAAUAAGAAGAAACUAAAGUCACUCUCUGUGAAGAAUAAGACCCCAAAGAAGUGUAUCAGAAAGCCAAAAGGCAAAAAAGCAGCAAGGAAGCUGAGCGAUGUAGAGGAGGAAAAUGAGGUCGAUGAGGAAGAAGAGGGAGAGAAAGAGAAUGAAGAACUCUGUAAUGAGGGAGGAUCCCCUGUUUCUAAGCCUACGAGGAAACGCAAAAGAAAAAAUUAUAAAGGGGACGCUUCACCAGAGCAACCAGACAGCAAGAUAAACAAGAGGGGUGAAAAGAAAAAGAAGCAAGAUGAGGCCAGUGUACCCACGGAUACUGAAGCAGCUCUUCCUGAAGACCACACAACUUCAACAACUUCAGACCAGUGUGAUGCUCCUAAAGACAUCGCAGAGAUUAAGCCUGCAAAGCUUUCACGGGGAAGAGCGCCAAAACUCCCACUUCCAGUGGGUCUGAAGAGGAAUAAAAAACCUGCCCCGUCAUCCACAAAGUCCAAAGAGAACACGUCAGAUAAAGAAGGAGAGAACAUGAGUGAAGAAGCCUCAACAGAGCAGGUUAGCAAAGAUGCUUCACCAUCAAGACAAACAAGUGAGAGAGAGUCAGCUGAUGAAAACGUCGAAUCAGAUGAAGAGUGUUCUGUUAAGCCUCCAAGACCAACUAGGUAUGGGCGUGUGCCGAAACUCACUCGGCACUUGAAUUACCCUGCCAAGAAGGAAACGCACUCCCCUGCAUCUGAAACCACUCCUGCCUCGCCAGCAGGGCACGCUGCUUCUGCUGCCAAGGCUAAACCUAAAGGCACAGCCAAGAGGGGGAGAUCAGCAAGGCAACAGCCAGCCAAAGAGUCCAAAAAGCCCAAACUAAUCACCCUCAGGGCAUCCCAGUCAGAAGACAGCGAUGACGAGGAUGACGAGCCAAGUGCGGCAGAAGCGAUCAUGGGUUGUGCUGUGUCGUGCUCCGGUAUCGAUGGCGGUGCAGCUGUGUUUGUGCCUGCCAGCCUGUGCUCACCUCAUCCUUUGGUUACAGAGGUGGAAGAAACCAUGGAGGAGCUUGAUAUCUUGGCCAAUAUGCCUGAUGUGUUGGGCAUCUCCCAAGAUGCACUGUGCCCUGAAGCCUCAUGCGAGCAAGCACAAAAUGAGGCAGGCACAGCUGAACCCUGUGAACAUCAAUUGGACCUGCUAGUAGAUGUCAUAGACUUCCUGUCAUCAGAGCACACAGAAGUGUCUGAGGACGAGAGCUACAAUGAGGCUGCUCAAACCCUGUUGACCAUCGGAAAUGUGGCUCAUCUUUCCCACCCAUCACAGAAUCAAGCAUCUAUGGAAGAUCUCCCAAGUAUAUCAGUCAUUGCAAAUGAAAGCAGCCACCAGGAAGAGAGUCAAUCAGUGCCUGAUCUACAACAGGAAAUAAGCACCUGUCCUAUAUCAGUAGUUUCUGCACAUGAAAUCACAGAAGCAUCAGAGACUGUUGGAACCAUGGAACCAGAAAGCAACACAACAGAAGAGCGGCCACCAUCUCAGAUUGCUGGCACGUCCGUGAUGAAUCGCAGUGAAGAAAUGUAUUGUGAGCAGAAGACCAAUGCAGUUUCUGAUCCUCAAUUACAGUCGAACCCAGAGAGCUCAAAGAAAACCUCUGUGCAGACCAAGAAAGGACGCUUUUCCAAAAUAAAACCUAAACCUAACAUUGCCCGAGCCUCCAGGACUACACAGUCAAAUUCACAAACAAAUAACAACAAAUUAUCUUUAAAGACAGCUGAGGACGGUCACUCUAGUGCUUCUGACAUUUUUCAGGUCAGCCACUCACAACAGGUUCCUGAAAAUAUUUCUGAAUUGCAAAACUCUGGUCCAACCGUAACAGGAGAAAUUUCCUGUAGUGACGUCAGACUUACAGAGGAGCCGUCUGGUCGUCAGGAAGCAGGACGCUCUGUAAUCGCUGAUCAGAGUACAUCAGAGAACCAGAACAGCUGCAUUCCUGAGACUCAGCUUGAAUCCAGUAGAGAGAACCAGCUGACAACUGGGCCCGCAGAUGACAGGACAGGUGACAUUAGUUAUAGCAAUUCAUUGACAUCCAUCACAGUCACAGGUUCAGCCUCAGUCUAUGAGGGCACUGACCUUGUUUGUGUCUCACUUAUAAAUCAGAAAGAAGAGACAGAAGUUACAAAUACUUUGGAGACAAGGAGGGGACGACUCCAUGAAGUAAAAUCUACAGACAGUCAACUGCAGGCAUCAGAAACAGAACAACCUGAAACUCAAACCACACAAGACCCUGUCACACACUUGGAGCUUGUAGACAAACCCUCCAUCCAAACUGCAAACCUCCAACCCACAGAGAAACCAGCAAAAAAGAUGGAAACAGAACCAACUGGCAAUGCCACCCUUCUGAAACUCCAAGUCAAAGCACUGGACCCGAUUCGGUUUUUGUAUCAUCGGUGAAUAUGGACUCUACUCAUGAAACAGCACAG